AUGGCGGAGAAUACAGGAACUAGGGCUGUAAGAACAAUUUUAAAUGCUGCUAUGACAGCUUUUGAUGACGACACAGAUGAUUUUCAAGAAGUGGUGAGUCAUACAAGGGCUUCUUUUCGAAGACGACAAUCUGGUACGUCUUCUAGAAGAACUCCAACUCGCAAUCGAAUAUGGAAAAAGAAAAUAUUGCUGUUGAGACGGUCUAAUGCCGAUUUUGGGCCUUCUCAAUUUGAAAUUCAACAUUUAACCAACAGUGGUUUGGGAAUUUCUGCAGAAUCACCCUUAAUAAAUAGAAACUGGUCCUUAAAUGAACUGGAGCAAUAUAUUUACAGUUUAUAUCCCAAUGCUCCUUUACAAUUGACAGGAUUCACUUAUGCCAAAUUAAACAGGCAAAGAAAAAUUACAAAAUUAAGUGCAUCAAUUGAAAACGUGGAACAGCUAAAGGAUGCUAUAUGUCAGGGCAUGAUGAUUUUGGUUCCUAAUCGAGACCUUCCUGAAACUAACAUUACGAAUAUCGUAAAUGGUGGGAAUAAUGGAAAUGGUCUAACAGGGCAUGACCAGAGCCGUGUUAGCAACACGGUCAAUGCUAGAUCUGAAGCUGUAAAUAUAACACGUAAUUCAACUAAUAGAUCUCCGGCACUGUCGUACAGAAGACCACCUCGGGAAAAUAGCAUACAAAAUUUGUAUAGUGACAGCGAAGAUGAUGAAGACAUCCAGGGCAAUCUAGGCUCUAUAGAGUUUCCAGAAUUAGUGGAAGACCCUGAUAUAGUAUAUCUUGAAAUAAGAAGAGACAGGAUCAUCGAACAGAUGUUUGAAUUUUAUGAAGACCCAAACAUUACUCAAAAGCAGAUCAUAGUAACAUUUUUUGACGAAGCUGGCGUAGAUCAAGGCGGAUUGACAAAAGAACUAUUUGCCGCAUUUUAUAGAUUAAUUGAAGGCGAAUACUUUGCUGGGGAGCAUUGCCUUGUACCCUGCAUGCCACUUCACCGUCAAAGGAAAGAAAAAGAAAAGUAUAAAAUUAUUGGCUCAAUAAUGAGUCAUUCUUUAUGUAUAACAAAAACUUUACCUGCCAAGUAUUGCAGCUCAUUUUUACUACAAAUUGCUGAUUCAAAUGUAAAAAUUGAAAAUGCAACAUUAAUCAACGAUUUUUUAAAAUACAUAACAGUGUUUGAAUUUAAAUUGGUAAGAAAGGCAUUAAACCGAUAUAGUGAUCUAAACCUCCAGGAAAUAGACCAGUUGACUGGUUUAUUCAAUACUUAUAACUUAUUUGAAUUACCGAAAAAAGAAGAAAUCGAAGAACAAAUUAUUACAAUAGCAAAGGAAAUUUUUAUUGAGAAACCGUCAACUUUAAUUGCCGAGGUUCGGAAGGGAAUUCCUCUACUCUCAUUUGAAAGAUUUUGGUCAAAACUUACCAUAAACAUGAUAGAUCAAAUAUAUUCUAUGCAAUGUCCAACACCCGAAAAAGUUAUUAGUGUAAUAACGCCUCCUGAAUAUGUAGGGAAUGAUGAAGAAAGAGUUAUAUAUUUUCUGCUUAAUUAUAUAAGAUCUUUAACUAAAGAAGACCUAAGAAGCAAGACGCCAUCUGAAACAGAGGCGCCUGGUACGAGCAAAGGCGACACAACAAGGCCUGGCAAACCGGACGGAAACAAGGAUGACGGGCUAACCCCCGAGGAGCUUUUGCUCAUAAGGGCACACCAGGGCAGCAGAAAGGGUCUAGCAAGGACUCCUCCCCAAAAUAGUGUAGCCGCCGCGGCGGGAACUAUAGAAAUAGACUCGUCCCCAGACACGGAAACGGAGAUGGUAUCCAAAAAGAGGAAAAAAGAUGUACAGGCGAGUGAACUGGAGAAGGCGUUUAAGAAGGUGGAUAACCUUGAAGGGGUUGUCCUGACAACCACGCCGACCGUCCAGACUGAGAAGAGAAAAGAAAGAAGUCUGACCGCCGAAUUCGAGGAAUUAGAGAAAAUUAAGGAAGACUUGCGGAAGGGAAGUAGAGACCUUAUGCAUAAGCAGGAGGAGCUCACCAAACAGACAAAGAAAAUGGAGAUAGUUAAGGACCUCAAAAAGGCCCUGGAUACGGAGAGAGAGGAAAUUAAGAUCGAGAGGGAGGAAAUCAGGAAGGAGAGGAAGGAGAUGAAGAAAGAGGCGGAAGCGCUGAAAAAGGAGGCUGAGACUCUCAGUCUCCAAAUUAAAGCUAUGGAGACCCUCAAGCAGGUUAACCGGACUCUGGAGGAGAAAGCAGCGGCACCCAUAAGCUACGCGCAGGCGGCUGGGGAAGCAACGGCUCCAGGCGGCGAGGACCCAUUCCGCAAGGAUUGGGACAGGAUCGUCACAGCCGCGAACACGCUAGGCUAUCGACGGCAGUAG